UCCGAUCUUGGUAACCAAUGAUUCGUUGGCUUCUAGAAACCUUGGCUCCAUAGUAAGUAAGUAGACGUACAUACGAGCUCCCCCCCCUCUCUUCUUUUAUCAGGCCAGGUCCCAUCGCCCUUUCGGACGCGGAGACAAUCAUCCCAUAGCCUUUUGUGCGUGAGACCGACUCGCGAGCCGGCGCACUGACAAACCGAACCCGAGACUGUCACUUGCCGUCCAUCUCUUUUCUUCUGUCGGGGCGAAAAAGCGAAGGGCAUCCAUAUCCCAAUCGGGGACCUCCGCCGACAACUGCGCGCGAUGGACACCGACGGUAUCGUCAGCCCAGGAGGCGAGCCGAGCCGACGGCGGGAGGAGGGCCGUAUCGACGACGAUGAGGGCAUCGUGUCACAGCUCUCUUGUGACCGUUGUCGCCAUCGCAAGGUUCGAUGUGACCGCCGCCACCCAUGCUCGCACUGCGUCAAAACGGACGCAGUCUGCAACUACCCGGCAAAGCAAAGGCCCAAGGAAAGGCGCCAGAGGGUCUUCAUAUCCGAGCUGUAUGAAAGAAAGAUUGACCUCAUUGCGAAGAAGCUGGAGGAUUUCGGCCAGGUGCUGGGCCAGAUGGAGAGUAGACCCCAAACAUCCACCCGCCCCAGUCCCAACAUCUGGACGCCGUCUUCCCUCAACCCGUCGCCAGAAACACAACCAGCCGCCGAAAAGAUCUCACCACAAGCGGAGAAAAGCAAGAUCGUGACCCCCAAGGUCGAGUAUGAGGGAGAGACGUCUCUAUUGGCCCAGGCCGCGUUCGCGAACAAGUUCCUUCAUGAGGUGGUGAGCAACCGGCAUUCGACAGACAUCACCGGGGAGAUGGUCUCCGUCCUGGGAACCCUGAGCCGAGCCCUCGGCAGACAGAAAGAUCAGAACGACACCGAGUAUCUGUACCCAAACGCGCGCACGCUGGAACCGGGGUCCAGUGUCCGAGACCUGCCCAUGCCCCCGGUCGACGUGGUCUUUGUAUGCCUCCGAAUGGCGAAAGGUAUGUAUGAGCAACCCGAGCAUCAUCACGUAGCACGUUCCCUAGCCUGUUACUUACUUCUCCGGAAUUUUGAUGAACGUGCAGAGCAUCCCCGCGUAAAGGCAUUUUGGAACCACGACGCAAUGACUCUCGCGCCCUUCACCGAGUUUUUCCUCAAGGUUUAUUCCCCCGGAGACGCCACCCACGCGGAUCUGAUCAUCGUCUAUGCGGGCCUAUACUGGCUUUUCAUGGAGUGCAUGAACGCCACUCAAGAUGCCGGUACGAAGUUGGAUUACCAAGCACAAGCCUUCACCUGUCGAGACAACCUGGAGACCGUCCUUUCCAGUCUUCCCUUCCAUCUACCGUCAACGAUAGAAACAACCUGCGCCAUGUUCUUAGCGGCAUUGUAUUGUCUCGAAAACUGCCAGCCGUCUGCUGCCUGGAACUUUAUAGCGACCGCGUCUCACAUGACCCAGACCCUGGGCUGCCAUAGCAUCGCCGCCAUAGCGCACGAGACUCCCCAGAACAAGUUCGGCAAGAUCAAGAUCUUCUGGCUCAUCUACGUCAUUGAGAAGGGUCUGUCCCUUCGCCUGGGACGAUCGUCCACGAUCCGGGACAACGACGUUACCAUUCCCCGUCCUCAAGCAGACACGUACGGGUUUUCGGAACCGACCCUGAUGUGUCUAUUUCCCGAAUGCACGAGGCUUGCUACGCUGCAAGGCAUGGUCUACGACCAAAUCUACAGCCCGGCGUCACUAUGCCAGCCGCAGGAAGUCAGGGUCUCUCGGGCCAGACAGCUGGCCGGCCAAUUGGACGAGAUCAUGGCAAUGUCCACAUACCAGAAUCGAUAUACCGAGAAGCUGGCAGAGGUAAUCGGAGAGCCGCUCUAUGAGGCCAUGACCCGCACCGACAAAGUCAACCAGCUGGCGCUCUCCUGUCUCAUAUACCGGGCCGUUCCUCCCGAAGCAGGCGAGAAGACGGUCUUUGGGAAAGACUGCAUAAGAACUGCUCGUCAGGCCCUCGAAGAACACAAGAGGUGCAUGUACGUUGUCGCCGGCUUGGAAGAACGUUUCCUCGAAUCCUACUUGAACUGGACUCUCCUGAGUUCCCCCUUCAUACCGUUUGUUGUCAUGUUCUGCCACGUGGUCGAGACGUGCAAUCAGGGGGAUCUCGAUCUGCUCUCGGACCUAGUCGCUACGUUACGGUCAACGACGGCGGAAACCUUCUCCCCGGCCAUCAAGAAAGAACUGCGACUGUUCAGCGCGCUGUACGAUGUCGCGUGCAGCUACAUGAAGCUGAAGGCAGACUCAUCAUCGCAGCCGCAGCCGGCGAGCGGGGGCCCUGUGGAUCAUUGGAGCCUGACCGCUGGAUCGGUACAGCCGCCGCCAGCUCUCUUGCAGGAAGCGACAACCCCGAGCGGGAUGGCAUCGUUACCGACUGAGACUGCGGCCAUGGGCGGCGGUUUCUCCAUCAACGACCCCCAAGCAGUCCCCGAAUGGGGGCCUUUCACGCUGCCCGGGGACUUGACGAUGGAGGUUGACGAACAAGGUUCACAGCUUGGCAACUGGCUGUACGUGAACAAUCAAAUGAUCAGGGCUCUCGAAAACAACUACUUCUGAA